AACAUUUAUUUAUAUCUGUAUAAAUAAAUACAUUUAUGUCAGUCUGUAAUUGUUUGUUUAUUAUAUGUUGAGAGGGGCAUUGGCACCACUCGCAUCUCCCAUUGUUCUGGUUUUUAUGUAAAUGGGCUAACAUUGAGGGGUCAAGAAGGAGGUCCAUGUCUGGGCCACGUGAUGGAAAAUUCCCAGGACUUGACUGACCUCUGGUCAUUUUGGCUUAAGGGAUAGAAGCGUGUGAUUGGUCAGCCAAUCAGCAGCCACGUAGCCCAGCCACCGGACCUAUCACAGAGGAGAUUGACCCUCAGUAGCGUCACCUCCAUUGGGAAAAUCAAGUGUAAAAGUUUAUCUCCACUGAUGGAAGUUUUUUAACACUUUUGAUUUGACUUUUGAUUUUCUUUUAUUUGAAGUGGAAAUCGAACUUUUCGAUUUGUGUUUUACGUCCAUCUGUAAGACAGACCCUGGUGGUUACAUAAGGAGGAUAUCUCGCUGCUACAAGGUAAAUUCAAUCCGGUUUUUAUAUGCCUGUUAGGCCUAGCUAGCCUACGGAGGUAUUUAUAUACGGCGAUCGGAAUAUCCCGCCUCAUAUAGAUUUUAAGAAUGGUUUUGCUUGCCUUAGUGCUAGGACAUUCUUUUGUACGUCGAUUAGGCUGUUUUGCGUCUACUCCUGACAAUGAUUUUAAUAAUUUCAACUUUGACGGAAACGUGAUUCAAGUUUCGUGUACUGGUGUCGGUGGAGGUACUGUAUACCCAGGCCCAAAGUGUUUACAACUUCCUUCGGAUAUAUAUACGUCCUAUCCUCCCGAUAUUGUGUUCAUACAAGCUGGAGGCAACGAUUUAUCAAAGCCUAGCUGUCAUCCAGUUGAUCUAGCAAAUGCCAUACUGAACUUGGCGUACCGUGUUUCGAACGCGCCCUCGGUUCGGAGAGUUGUAAUCGGACAGUUACUGCCUCGUUUUAACGACAAUGGCGAGUACAACACAAAACUUCCUGUAGUCAACAAUUCGCUAGCAUCUUCGGUAGAUGGGAUCACUAUUGUGUUUUGGAAACAUCGAGGUUUCUGGCAAGACUCUAGGGCACUCUACGCGAGAGAUAACGUUCACUUAAAUUCGAUGGGCAUGAAAAAAUAUGCGAGGAGCGUCAGAUCGGCGAUAGGCUCUCAAGCGAAGACGAUAAUGCUACAGUGAAACAGUGCCAACAUGAGUAAAUUGGUAGUCACUGUGGGACAGACUAAAGUCAAGAUGUCUGGCAAACCACCUCCCAAAAAGCGUCAACGUGUAGCGAUGACAACAUCAAAGUCCAAAAAGUCCUCCACACCACGCAAAGCGACAAGAAUUACCACACCACCAGUUCCUGAGGCGAUGUACAAUGAAGAAAACUCUGUUCCACCAGCUGACCAGCUACAGGGACCUGUCCAAUCUCCCCUGUCAGGGGUCAACAUCGCAGAUAUUGUAAGUCAGGUGGUCCAACAAGUACGACAGGAAACAGCAACCAUAGUGGCUGAUGUUGUGAACCAGGUCCUGAGUGCAAAGGGACUUAGUGGGCCAUCCACGGCUCAAAAUGAAUCUAGUGAAGAACAAACGCAUAGUGCUCGUGACAUUGACCAGCUGGCUGUCCCACACCAAUCAACUGCACAUAAUCAGGAGGACAUUAAUGGUUUACCUGCCAUUCAAAGAAUGUUUGAAGGUGAAGACAUUGCUAAUAGACCUGCAAAUGAGGCUUUUUUAACAUGUACCUCAUCUCUCCCUUUAGGGUACAAUGUCUCUGACAAAAUCAGAGCGAAAAUUAUGGAAAACGAAUUUAUUGAAUUUGGUGAGCUAGUUUUUCCGUCCUAUGAAUCUGAACAAACAAAACUAAAGUUGACCUAUGAGGGUAAUGGGCUUGGCUUGACAGCUAGUUCCAAAGCAAAAUCAGUUGCAAACAUCAGUCAAUGGAAUCAGGCCUUUGACAUUUUCGUGUCAAUUUAUACGGAAAAGUUUCCAGAAAAGAUAUCUCAUCUGUUGAAGUAUGGAAACACUAUGAGAUUGUUAAAUCAAAAUUAUGGAUUUCAAGCUGUCAAAUUUUAUGAUGAAAAUUUUAGAAAAUUGCGUCGUACUCAACCAGUCAACUGGAACAUAGUACAUGACGAAUUAUGGCGUAUGGCCGCCAUGCGCAUAAAUCAUGUACAAACACCAUAUGGAAAACCCAAUCAAGCCAAGCCCUUUUCCCAGAACUCUCAGCCCUUUCGAGGGAAGUUCCAGCAAAAGCCUAAACUUCCCUAUGGCUAUUGUUGGGGAUUCGCACUUGAAGGGACCUGUAAGCAUGGAUCUUCCUGUAGAUUCAAACACGAGUGUUGUGUGUGCGGCAAAAAAAUUGCCACCAAGAACUGCCACUGGCCUAUCAACCAGUCCCAGCUUAGACACAAUAAUGUUAACUCUACCAACCCCAAUUCACGCAAAGCGCAUGAGAAGUCUUCUUCUUAA